CAUAUUGACAUUGAAACCUUUUCCAUUAUAUGUUUGAUCUUUAUCUGCCACAAUCUGUCCAAUGGCUAAAUCUCCAGUACCUACCCUUGGAGACCUUUGGAGAACAAAGGAUUCAUCCAUAAUCAUGCAGAGGCCACGGAGUCCAAAAGUGGAGAAAAAAUUCAAUUUUCCUACCAACUCAAAGGAGGACUGGCAAACAGUGACUAGUGCUGUCACAGCUUUGUUUCAGAGAAAGAAGCUCGCAAACUUAGAACUGGAUUCUUUAACAGAGAAAGUCAGGCUUGUAAAAUCUGACAURGGGAACUCGGAGUUGUGUAAACGCUUCCGUGAGGAGAUUCUCGUCAAAGGAAUGAUUAUUCUUCGAGAUAUAAAAGUAAAUUCCGGUGUACAGUUAUUGGAAAAGCUUGCUAGUACAUGGACUCAUUUCUUUCAUACAGUUUUGCCGCUUGUUCAAGCGAUUUUCGUGAAUCUACAACCUGCUGAUGGCUAUUCCGUUCGUGAUGUUACGUUGAUAACAUUUCGAGAUAUCGUUGUUUUGAAAACAAAGCUCGAGGAAGCCUUUCAAAUGGGGCUUCCAGCUCCCCCCCAUGUAGUACAAAUGCUUCUCAUUUUGCAGAGUGUUCGUGAUUCAAUUCCACCAAGUAAAAAUCACAGAAGACUAGAAACAUUAGUAUCAUAUGUUGUAUCACCGUUCUUAAGCUCUACUGGACUGCGCCGCAAGCCAAUUACAUACAAUAAUGCAGAAGACAAAUUUUUGGGUGAUUCAAAACGCAUUCCAAGACCUGCAAGUGCAUUACAACUAUCAAAACCUGCAGAUAAACUUGAUCCRGUACUAGAGGUGGAUCCUGUCAAUCGCAGGCAUACCAUAACAGGCAGUGACGACUCGGUGUUUGUUAACCAGGCACUACAAGACAGUAGCUUAGGACAUAGCUCAAGCACAUUACAGGAUUAUAAAAUGUAAAUUAACUAUGGAUUAUUCGUCUUUGGCACAUAGGAGUAUGUCUGGUAUUUAGAACUAUUAUAGGCUUUUACCUCAUUUCUGAUGUYGGUUUUGUAACAGGUAAUUCUUAUCUGCCUUAAUGAUGGUUUAUUAAUUGAUAUAUGUMUUUAAUAGACUAAUUCCAAAAAUGGUGGCUCACUAAGAAUUGUCCCAAAUUGAUCCAUUGUCUGCAUUAGAAAUAGGCUGGUCAGUAUUUCCCACCAUUUUUUGAAUAAAAUUGUAUCACCGUUGCAUUGAUGUACAGUGAAUCAUGAAACCAAUGUGUAGGAGAAAUAUGCAGCCAAGCUGUGGCUUGUAGUUUGUCUCUAUUGAUAACUGGACUUCACCGAAGUCUCUUUUAUUGAUAACUGUUCUUCUUUAUGAAUGUAGUAGGAGUACAAAACUAAUUGUAAWAAGCAAAGAAAAGACUGACUUUAAUUAUUAAAUUAUAAUAACAAUUA